AUGGCCGCCCAUGCCGCCAGCGGUGACGGAAGUCCGCCACGCAGCGAGGGACGAGAGCGUCGAAUUCACAAUCAGAGGGCUGCGACGUCGCGACUUCGUCUGCUCAAGUCACUGGCCGAUGCCAAUGCUGAGCGCUGUGCCUCCGCUUUGACACUUUCUAGUUCUCAUGACUGGCUCGUCUUCAUGAAAUGUGGACUACACCUUCAGUUGGCUCCGGGUAGCAUAUCGCCACCCGCUCGACGGGCUUCGCACAUGGACCCCAUCUCAGAUACUCCUAGCGAGGGACGAAAACGCUCAACCUCGGCCAUCAGCUCCUGGUCCACGUCGAGUCGACGUGGCCAUGGGGGUGCCGAUGUGGAAACGGUUGUGCGCCAAGAGUCACAGAUCCAGGCACUGCGCGCUGAAACCCAUGCCUUGCGCAUGCAACUUGAGGCCGUUCAGCACGAUGCAAUGGCCGCUCGAUCUGCCAAGGAUCAGUUGCAGGCCGAGCACGUUGCGACGCAAGCCAUUGUAACAAAGCAGUUGGAACGCAUCAACCAGCUGGAGCAAGACAGCGUUGCUGCACAGAAGGAGUUGCAGCAUCACCGCGCCGCUCGCCCGGGCUUGUUUCAUCGCACGAAAAAGGGCGACGACGAUUUGCUUGCAGUUUUGCAAGAACGGACGCAUGAGCUCCAGGCGCUUCGUGCCGAUAACGAUCGCCUCGUCCAGAACCAACACAUGUACCAAGAGCAGCUCAAGGCGGUGGAGGGCAUCUUCAUCCAAGCCAUGGCGGCGUCUGGCGUCAAAGAUCUGCUUCGUGGCGAUGAUGGCAUCGAGUGCAUGCAGCAACUCGUGAACGAGUUUCAUCUGCAAAAGGAAGAGAACCAAAGCCUACAAGAGCUGCUAGCUGAAAGCCGGUCGCAAAUUCUCGGCUCGCAGGCCCAGUGCGUCAAGCUACAGGACAUGCUGAACAGGGAUCUACAGGCUGAGCUACGCACUCUUCGCAGCGAGCUGCGCGAUUGCCAUGGGCAGCUGGAGCAGCUGGAUAGCUAUGCCGAAGAAGUCAAUCACCUGCAGUCAGAGCUCAAGGCCGCUCGGCAAGAAAUCACCGCGGCCCGUACCUCUCGAGCCAACCGACUUUAUGAGCAGACCAGUAGUGGCACUGUGCGUAUCUCGCGGCGCAGCUCGAUGCUAGAGGGCAGUGCCUUGAAGAGUAGCCGUCGGGACGAGAUUGCCGAGCUGGAUGACAUGAUUGAAGCACAGAACGAGCGCAUCGAGGAGAUGACAAAGGAGCUGGAUCAACAAGCAGAUGAUUUUGAAUCGGAGCGGACCUUCUUGCUCAACGAAGCACAGCGGCAUUUGAACAGCAGCCACGCGCUUGAAGCCGCACUGACUCGCACCCGGGAGCAGUAUGCCGCUGAAACAGAAAUGCUGCGGAUGCAAGUUGAAGACCUCAAUACGCAACUUCAAGAGCGAGACAGCGAGCUGGAGUCACUGCGCAGCGCCUCAGAGCAAAAUAUGCUCGAGCUAUCGACAACCAUCACGGCCCUGCAGUCUGUCUUCGACGAGGACGACGAGGCCGCUCGCCGCGUUGCCAAGGAUAACAAGGCGGUGGCUCAUGUCAUGGAGUCGAUGGACAAUUGGAAGGCCGCUCGCAAUCAACAGUUGCGCGACGCGCGAACCGAGCUAGCCGAGGUGAACGAGCAGCUCAAUCAGACCUCCGACGCGCUAGCUCAGGCCGCCCCUGUACUGUCGCUGCCAAUGCCUCCUGCGUCGGGCAUGGGCACAAGUGACAAGAAAGACCAAAUGACGGCUAGUGAGCAAGCGCCCAAGCAAAGUCUUGACAAGUCUGAGUCACGUCGUAAAGGCGGUAAACGCAACAAAAACGCGCACGGUCGUUCCAAUGCGCCGGUGGAGGCCAAACCCACCAGCACAGAGACAUCUCGCCCAGCCAAUGGUGGUGCGUCGCCACGACAGGCGUCCGAGAACUUGGGUUGGGCGGGGCCCCACGCUCCCUCUGUAAUGCUCAAGCUGCAGGAGGAUCAGGCAGAAUGCAUUCUUGAGGCGUCGCGCCAACUCCACCGCACACGACGCGAGCUUGAGCAAGCGCGGCGCCAGCUCGCCUCAGUCCGUGCCGCACGCAACGUGGAGCUGCAACGGCAGGGUCUCAAGGCCGACGAUGUUGUCGGUGCAAAUGCAGCUACAGCUGCGUCACCAGCGCACCGACGUGAGGCGCCUCAGAAUGAUCAGGCUGAUCACGCGGCGGCGGAGGAACUUGCAUCCUCAUCCCCCAAGAGCGGCUCGAGGGCCUCCGCAGCGUCUGUGGCGCGCUUGGAACGACGUGUUCAGGCAUUGCAAUUAGACGUGGAGCAUUGUGAACAAGAGAAUCGCGAACUUCACGACCAAGUUGAGGUGGCUGACCGGCGUCGCUUGGAGCUGGUGCGUGAGCUGGCGCGCCGGCAGGAUCGGCAACUAGGUGAUCACGUUCGAGGCUUUGUUCAACACGCCGAGAUUUUGGGUCUACCUGCCUUGCCGGGGGCAGGUGAUGAGACUCAAGCCAUCCAUACUUUGGCGUACAUGUUUGGUAGCCUCUUGGGGCGGCCAAGCAUGGUCACAGCCCGGUCGCAGCUGGCAGCCGUCAGUCCGUAUCUGGGCCUAGCGGUCAUAGUUGCGAUGGUUGUUGGUCUACACUUACUCUUGUGGCGGUGGGGAGGCCAUGCUUGGGCCGUGGCGGGAUGUACGUUGACAGCUGGUAUAGGAGCCUUGUUGCACGCGUUGUUGCGCGUGGCACCACCAACGCGCACGGUGAUUGCCGGCGGGUAUGUAGAUGGUGUGGGCACGUUGAGGUCGGCCAGUCUGCCGACGUGA